GAUCUACUCUGACUGUGACUCCAGACAGUCCUGUAUUCACUGGAGAGAAAGUGAGACUGAAGUGUGAGAUUGAGCCUGAUCACAUAGACUGGAGAUAUGAGUGGAAUAAAGACAGUGUAAAGUUACAGUCGUCUGAUCGUUACACUGUAAACACAGACACACUCACUAUCAGAGCAGUAACUACAUCUGAUGAGGGUCAGUACACGUGUAGAGGACAGAGAGAUACAAGACCAAACUCAUCACAAUCAAGCUCUGCUGUUUCUCUGAAUGUGACACAGAGACCAGAAGCUGAAGUGAAGGUGUCUCCAGAUCAGCGUGUGUUCAGAGGAGAGACAGUCACUCUCACAUGUGACAUACAGAGACGAGGACACAUUCAGUGGAUAUACAGCUGGUUUAUAGAUGGAGACACUAGCUAUACAUACACAACAUCAACAGCAGAGUUCAGAUUCACAGCUGAUGUGUCUGACAGUGGUGAAUACAGCUGUAGAGGAGAGAGAUCAGACUCACAGAGAUCACACACCAGUGCUGCUCUUACACUGACUGUAUCAGAUUCACCCAGAUCUACUCUGACUGUGACUCCAGACAAAACAGUAUUCACUGGAGAGAGAGUGAGACUGACGUGUGUGAUUGAGUCUGAACACAGAGACUGGAGAUAUGAGUGGAAGAAAGACAGUGUAAAGUUACAGUCGUUUCAGCGUCACACUGUAGACAGAAACACUCUCACUAUUGAAGGAUCUGAAUCAUCUGAUGAGGGCCAGUACACGUGUGGAGGACACAUAGAAGGAAGAUCAGUCUCAUCACAAUCAAGCUCUGUUUCUCUCUCAGUGAAGGAUUCCCCCAGAUCUAAUCUGACUGUGACUCCAGACAAUACAGUAUUCACUGGAGAGAGAGUGAGACUGAAGUGUGUGAUUGAGUCUAACAGAGACUGGAGAUGGAGAAUUGACAAGAUUUAUAACCAGAGAUAUUACUGGACACCUGACUGGAGAUAUGAUUGGUAUAAAGACAGUGUAAAGUUACAGUCGUCUGAUCGUUACACUGUAAACACAGACACUCUCACUAUCAGAGCAGUAACUACAUCUGAUAAAGGUCUGUACACGUGUAGAGGACAGAGAGAUACAAGACCAAACUCAUCACAAUCAAGCUCUGCUGUUUCUCUCUCUGUGACGGAUUCACCCAGAUCUACUCUGAGUGUGACUCCAGACACUGCUGUCUUCAUUGGAGAGAGAGUGAUUCUGACGUGUGUGAUUGAGUCUGACAGAGACUGGAGAUAUGUGUGGUGGAAAGGAGACACAUACAUUCAAGUGUCUCAGCGUCUCACUGUAAAGAAAAACACUCUCACUCUUGAAGGAUCUGAAUCAUCUGAUGAGGGUCAGUACACGUGUAGAGGAAACAUAGAAGGAAGAUCAGUCUCAUCACAAUCAAGCUCUGUUUCUCUCUCAGUGAAGGGUUUACCAAAAUCUUUAUUGACUGUGACUCCAGACAGUCCUGUAUUCAUUGGAGAGACGGCCAAUCUGAAGUGUGUGAUUGAGUCUUACAGAGACUGGAAAUUGAGAAAUUACCUGACAGACCAGAGAUAUAAGUGGCCAUAUUACAGUGUCUGGAGCUAUGAGUGGUAUAAAGGCAGAAAGUUACAGUCGUCUGAGCGUUACACUGUAAACACAGACACUCUCACUAUCAGAGCAGUAACUACAUCUGAUAAAGGUCUGUACACGUGUAGAGGACAGAGAGAUACAAGACCAAACUCAUCACAAUCAAGCUCUGCUGUUUCUCUCUCUGUGAUGGAGAGACCAAAAGCUGAAGUGAAGGUGUCUCCAGAUCAGCGUGUGUUCAGAGGAGAGACAGUCACUCUCACAUGUGUCAUACAGAGAGGAGGAGACAUUCAGUGGACAUACAGCUGGUUUAAAGAUGGUUCAGUCAUCAGAGACUUCACUGAGAGAGUCUUCACCAUCACAUCUGUGUCUUCUAGUGGUAAAUACAGCUGUAGAGGAGAGAGAUCAGACUCACAGACAUCACACACCAGUGCUGCUCUUACACUGACUGUAUCAGAUUUACCAACAUCUAAACUGACUGUGACUCCAGACACUGCUGUAUUCACUGGAGAGAGAGUGAUUCUGACGUGUGAGAUUGAGUCUGAUCACAGAGACUGGAAAUAUGAGUGGUAUAAAGGCAGAACUAAAGUGUCUGAGCAUCACACUGUAAACAGAAACACUCUCACUAUUGAAGGAUCUGAAUCAUCUGAUGCGGGUGAUUACUGGUGUAGAGGACAGAGAGAUAAAAGACCAAACUCAUCACAAUCAAGCUCUGCUGUUUCUCUCUCAGUGAAGGCUUUACCCAGAUCUACUCUGACUGUGACUCCAGACAAUACAGUAUUCACUGGAGAGAGAGUGAUUCUGACGUGUGAGAUUGAGUCUUACAGAGACUGGAGAUAUGAGUGGUAUAAAGACAGAGUAAAGUUACAGUCGUCUGUUCGUUACACUGUAAACACAGACACUCUCACUAUCAGAGCAGUAACUACAUCUGAUGAGGGUCAGUACACGUGUAGAGGACAGAGAAAUGGAAGACCAAACUCAUCACAAUCAAGCUCUGUUUCUCUCUCAGUGAAGGAUUUACCAACAUCUACACUGACUGUGACUCCAGACAGUUCUGUGUUAACUGGAGAGACGGUCAAUCUGACGUGUGUGAUAAACUCUAAUCACAGUGACUGGGAAUAUGAGUGGAAUAAAGGAGGAAACAACAGUGUAAAGUUACACCUGUCUGAGCGUUACACUGUAGACAGAAACACUCUCACUAUCAGAGGACUGAAUGAGUCUGAUCAGGAUCAGUACACGUGUAGAGGACAGAGAGAUGGAAGACCAAACUCAUCACAGGAGAGUGAACCAAUAAAUCUGUCUGUUAAUGCAGCUUCAUCUUCUCGUCUGGUCACUGGUGUGGUUGUGGGAUUGAGUGUUUGUCUGUUGUUCUUCCUCUCACUGCUGCUGAUGUGGAGAUACAAGAAGAACAAAGAUCAGCAGCGUAACAUUAACCAGACAUCAGUCCCAAAUCAAUCUGCACAAGCUCAACUGGAGAACUUUCCUCUACAGUCUGAUCCUGAUCACAUUUAUGAUGACGUGACUACAGUGAAAAAUAGAGAUAAAGAUGAUUCAGAGCCCUUGGCAGAUGUCACAUAUUCAGAGGUCACUGUUAAGAAAAAGAUGGACAAAGAAGACACCAUUGCAGAUUCAAAUAAUGUGACAUACUCAGAAGUCGGAAAAAGAGUAAAGAAAUGCAAAAAUAUUAAUCCUGCAGGACCCAGUGAUUUGACUUACGCAGAGAUCAAUAUACAGGACAAGAAGAAAACCAAAGGCAAAGGUGCUGGACUUUCUGAUGUUCUGAUUGAAAUGAAAUCUAAGGAAAAACACAGAGGGAAGAGCAGUGAGUCUGGAGACACUUUGUACUCUGAACUGAAGCAGAACACAGAUAGAGAUGCUGUUGCUGGAGUUGGUGAUGCAACUUAUGCUCAAUCUAUUAGGAAGAAGAAUAAAACAUAUGCUGUUGCUGAAGUUGAGGAUGCAACUUAUGCUCAACCUAUUAUGAAGAAGAAAAAAAAACGUCCCUGAGAAGACACAAGACGGCUAAAAGAGAUUCACAGCAGCAGACAGAGUAACGCUUGCAUUGCUUAAGAAAUGAUAAUGAAUGAACUGCUUAUGCACAUGCUUGAUUGAAAUACUUUAGAGAAAUGCACUGUAUUAUCUGUACACAUUUUAAUGUAUGUAAGCAAACAAAUAUCUAUAAUAAUUAGUACAAUAUUUUCUCCAGUGAGCACUUAUGUUUAAAGGUCCCGUUCUUCGUGAUCCCAUGUUUUAAACUUUAGUUAGUGUAUAAUAAUGUUGUUAGAGUAUAAAUAAUAUGUGUGAAAUUCUAAAGCUCAAUGCCAAGCGAGAUAUUUUAUUUAACAGAAUUCGCCUACAAAAAACGACCCGUUUGGACCACAGAGCUGGGUUUGUAUUUGUCGCAGGGGCGUAGCCAUCUUUUCAGAAGUGAGGGGGACAGAAAUUACACACACACAUACAUACAUUACAUAUCCAUAUAUAUAAAACAUUACAAUAUAAUGUUUCUAUCUAUAUAGCCUCAACAGUCAGUCAACAGUCAACAGUCAAUGAUAUCAGUCAACAGUUUUUGAACAGUAAGAUUGUUUUAUGUUUUUAAAGAAGUCUCUUCUGCUCACCAACCCUGCAUUUCUUUGAAAUAUUUUUACUAUAAAAAAAAAAAAAA